UUGAUUGAUAAACUUUAAGACAGCCAUAACUUUCGGACGGGAAAAUUUGCCACAAGAAAAGCCAAUAGCAAAAAACUAAACAAUAAAAAUAAACUAAAUAACGAAUACACGCUAACAUGGUUCAUUAAAGAAAAUAGAAAAACGAAAACGUAAAAUUGUGUUGACUCCAAGUGGACCAGUGGAUAAAUAAUAAACAAAGCUAAUUAUGUAAUAAUGUUGUUAUGAAAUCUUAAAAGGCUGUUUGUUUUUAACGUCGUUAUUUAUUUCAAGCGGAAAUUGUAACUUGAACUGUUGUAACAACAAAACUCAUAUUCAAAACAUAAACAUUAUUUUUUUAGUUUACAACGUAAAAUGUUUUACACCGUAAUAUUUGGCACGAUUUUAAUAUUUUUAUUCCUUUUUUGGGAUAUACGUAAGCCAGCCAAAUUUCCUCCUGGACCUAAAUGGUAUCCCAUUGUGGGUUGUGCUCUGCAGAUUUAUCAAUUGCGCGCCAAAUGUGGAAUGUUUUGUAAGGUGAUCGAUGAACUAACGCGUCACUAUGUCAAUCCUUAUGGACUAUAUGGCUUAAAAAUCGGCAAGGACAAGUUGGUUAUAGCUUAUUAUUCGGAUACCAUACAAGAGAUGAUGACUAAUGAGGAUUUGGAUGGUAAACCGGAUGGUAUUUUUUAUCGCAUGCGUACUUUCAAUUCCAAGAAAGGCAUUCUUGUUACCGAUGAAGAAUUGUGGGUGGAACAGAGACGUUUCAUUUUGCGUCAUUUGAAAGAUUUUGGUUUUGCUCGUAGUGGCAUGGUUAAUGGCAUACAGCAGGAGGCAGCUCAUCUACUAGAUGAUUUGAAUGAUUUAGUGCGUGAGCAAGGUGGCAAGAGGGUGAAAGUUUCUAUGGUUAAUCUCUUUACGGUUUAUGUCCUUAACACUUUGUGGUCUAUGAUGUCGAGUAAACGUUAUGAUCGUAAAAGUGAGGAGAUCAAUGAUUUGCUACAAAUGUUUUUCGAAUUAUUUCAACAUGUCGAUAUGGUGGGUGCCAUGUUUAGCCAUUUUCCCUUUAUGCGUUAUGUGGCACCCAAUUAUUCGGGCUAUAAUGCCUUUGUGGAAAAUCAUGAACGUAUAUAUGCAUUUUUACGCAAAGAAGUGGAUAAUCAUCGCCAGACUUUUAAGCAUUAUAACAUUCCCCGUGAUUUAAUGGAUAGUUACUUAAGGGAAUUGGAGAAUCCUGAACGUAAAGCCUCUUUUACCGAAGAACAACUGCUGGCAGUGUGUCUGGACAUGUUUUUAGCUGGCUCUGAGACCACCAAUAAAAGUCUGGGUUUUGCCUUUUUGCAUAUGGUGCGUAAUCCGGAAAUACAAAAACGAGCGUUUGAAGAAAUCAAAGAAGUAGUGGGACUCGAACGUUUGCCUGAGUGGAAAGAUCGCACUAAGUUGCCAUAUUGUGAAGCUAUUGUUUUGGAAGCGGUGCGUAUGUUUAUGGGCAAUACCUUCGGUAUACCACAUCGUGCCUUGCGUAAUACCCGCUUAAGUGGCUAUGAAAUUCCCAAAGACACAAUGGUUAUUGCUUGUUUUCGCGGUAUGCUCAUGAACCCAGUGGACUUUCCGCAUCCUCAUAAGUUUAAACCGGAUCGUUAUUUAAUCGACGGUUGCCUUAAAGUACCCGAAGCUUAUAAUCCUUUUGGUUUUGGCCGUCAUCGUUGUAUGGGUGACAUUUUGGGACGUCAGAAUUUGUUUAUGUUCAUUACAACUGUCUUGCAGAAUUUCCAUGUUGAAGCUUUACCAGGCCCUUUGCCCGAUGAAGAGCCAUUGGAUGGUGCCACCGCUUCUGUUAGGCCAUAUGAGGCCUAUUUAGUACCCCGUCAGGGUUUUAUAGAUUAAUUUGAAAAUUGUAUUAUAAAAAAAUCGAUAAUGAAAUAAUAAAAUGUAAUUUGCAA